GGGUAUAUAUAAGAUGGUAUAGUGCAACAUGAAUGUGUCACGGAUACGGCCUAAACCACAGUACAUUAAAGCAACAGAAAUAUAUGGCGGCCACGGCGACGGAGUCCGGCCGUCGGCAACUCCAUUUCAUGGUGUUCCCGAUGAUGGCCCCGGGACACAUGAUCCCCAUGAUAGACGUGGCGAGGAUUUUAGCCCGGUCUGACAGCGGCGUCACCGUUACCAUCUUCACCACGCCGGUCAAUGCAAACAGGUUCCGGUCAACGCUCGACCAGGACCGGCGAUCCGGGUUCAAAAUCCGGGAGCACGUGGUCCGGUUUCCGUGCGCAGAGACCGGGCUGCCGGAGGGGUGCGAGAAUGCGGACAUGGUACCCAAGGGUCAAAACCUCGACUCCGCCUUCAUGGUCGCCAUCUGGAUGCUGAAGCCACAGGCGGAAGAGGCGAUUCGCGGCAGCAAACCGCCGGUGACCUGCAUAGUUUCGGACAUGGUAAUGCAGUGGACGGCGGACUUAGCGGAGAGGAUGAACAUCCCAAGAAUCGUGUUCAACGGGUCGUGCUGCUUCUCCUUCGUCUGCUCGACUAAGAUCAUGGAGUCCAAUAUUCUGGGGAGGGUGGCGUCGGAGACAGAGAUGUUCACCGUCGCCGGGCUUCCCCCGCCGUACGACGAGAAGAUUCAGCUUUGCAAAGCUCAGGUGAAGGGGUGCGUGGUGGACCCGAAUGAAAUCAAAACCGAGGCCCAGAAAGAGAUGGGGGAAAAGCUGAUGCAGGCGAUUACUUCGGCCUAUGGCGUGAUCGUGAACAGCUUCUCGGAGAUGGAGCCGGAAUUUGAGGAAGAGUAUAAGAGGAAGUUCCACCAUGGGAGAGUGUGGUGCGUCGGCCCUGUUUCCUUGAGCACUCACCGAUCCGUCCAGGAUGAGCAGCCGUUGGAAGAAGGCAACGCGGUGAUUAAGAAGAAUGAGAGUGGGGAAGAGAAGGAGCCGUGCUUGAAAUGGCUCAACUCGCAAGCGCCGGGAUCGACAAUAUACGUCUCCCUGGGAAGCUUGGUGAGGCUCACGGUAGAGCAAAUGAUGGAGCUGGCUUUGGGGUUAGAGCUAUCGGGGCGGCCCUUCAUUUGGGCGCUGGGGAGGGCAGACGAGCAGCUUGAAGCAUUUGAGGAGUGGGUGUUGGCUGAUGGGUUCGAGGAGAGGACCAGAGGGAGAGGGGCACUGGUUCGCGGGUGGGCCCCGCAGCUGCGCAUUCUCUCCCACCCUUCCAUCGGAGGGUUCUUGACGCACUGCGGGUGGAACUCCACGCUGGAAGCCAUCUCGGCCGGAGUGCCAAUGCUAACGUGGCCGAUAUUCGCGGAGCAAUUUGUGAACGAGAAGCUGGUGGUGGACGUGUUGGGGGUCGGGGUCAGCCUCGGGGUGAAGACGUCGGCUCUUUGGGAAGGGAAGGAGACGGCAGGGAGCGGAGUGGUGGUGAAGAGGGAUGAGGUCAAAGAAGCAGUUGGUCAACUCAUGGAAGGAGAUGGGGAAGAGUGCCGGAGGAAAGUAAAAGAGCUUGGGGGAAAGGCCAAAACGGCGGUUCAGAAAGGUGGUUCCUCCCAUCUCAACUUGAUUUCUUUGAUAGAAGACAUUUCCUUAUUUGGCUCUACAAUAUUAUGAGAUCCCGCGUAAUGUUAUUUCAAUAAAUCUCGUUUUGAGACAUCGAUCAUAGACAUUCUUUAUUUAGAAUAAGGGUAUUACAUGCUUCGGUAUUACAUGCUUAGGGUGGCCACAGUUCGGGACAGUCCGAGUUUUGACUUAUCCCGAUCUCGACCCGACUUUAUAAUAACGGUUCGGUACGAAUAGGGAUGGACCCGGGUCGGGCCCGGGCGGGCUUUUUUUGUUAAAUGUUGGGCCCGGAACCGGCCCGGGUUGAUACCGGGGCCGGGCCUAACCCGGCCGGACCCGGGUCAAGUUCAAUUUUUUUUUUUUCUAAUUAACACCCGACCCCCCCCCCCUUCACCCCCGACCCCCAACCCCGACCCCCCCCCCCCCCAAAACACUCAACCCUAACCUAGAAAAGCAAAAAAAUUGAACCGGCCAACCGGUCCCAAUCCGAGCCCGACCCGCCCAAACGGGCUAAAAGCCCGGAACCGGCCAACCGGUCCCAAUCCGGUCCGGGCCCAAACAGUAACGGGCCGGGCCGGUUCCGGGUCGGGUCGGGCCGGUUUAGUCCAUCCCUAGGUACGAAUCAAGAUAAGCCUUUAUCCUAAUG